AUGAGUUCUAUAGAGGAUGACGUUAAUAAACGAACAGAUUUUACUUUUUCCAAAAGAGUCAUUAAAAAUAAAAAUAGUCGUAAGAGAACUCAAGUGUCUGAAGAAGAAACGGGUUCCGAAUCUGAUACUACCGUCGUGAAAAGAAUAAAAAAAAAUAAACAUAAAAUUUUGUCUCAAACCUCUAAAAAAGAAAGUAAUAAAAAGAAUAAAGAUAACGAAUCAUCAGAGGAAGAGAGUUUAGAUGAGGAUGAUAUGAAAAGCAUAAUGGUUUCUUAUAAGUCUACUCGAGAAGCACAAAGAUCUGGUCCUGCUGAUAUGGGUGCUACUGCCGUGUUAGAAACAGAAACAGAAACAGAUAAGGAUGCACAAGCAAUUUUUGAGAAUUCAAUUAAAAUUAACAAAGAACUAAAAGGUAAAGCAGAUGAUAAAAUUUAUAGAGGGAUCAACAAUUACACUCACUAUUAUGAAAAAAAAGACACAGCACAGGGAAAUGCAGCAAGUGGAAUGGUUAGGAAAGGACCUGUUAGAGCUCCAGCUCAUUUGAGGGCAACUGUCAGAUGGGAUUAUCAACCGGACAUUUGUAAAGAUUAUAAGGAAACAGGAUUUUGUGGUUUUGGCGACAGUUGUAAAUUUUUGCACGACAGAAGUGAUUAUAAAUUUGGGUGGCAAUUAGAACAAGAAAUGCAAGAUGGAAGCUAUGGAGCUGAUGAUAAAAAUACUGAACGUUAUGAAAUUGAUUCGGAUGAUGAACAUUUGCCGUUUAAAUGUUACAUUUGUAGAAAAAGUUUUGUGAAUCCAAUUGUAACAAAAUGCAGACAUUAUUUUUGUGAAAAUUGUGCAUUAAAACAAUUUAAAAAAACUUCUAGAUGUUAUGUAUGUAAUAAACAGACUGGAGGCGUUUUUAAUCCUGCCAAGGAUUUAAUGGACAAGCUUCAAAAAGCUACCAAUACAACAUGUGAUGAUGACUCUUGUGAGUCUAGUGAUUAA